GAAGACGCUUCUUGUAUCCUUGUAUCAAGGCGAAUGCUAUUGAUGUGGUGCAAUGGCCGCUGUGCAAUUAGGUUGUAAAAAUCUAAUUCGAUUAGUAGAAAUUCGUAUCGUAGAAGCAGUAGAUAUCGGUGGUUAGUAAACCAGGCGAGACGUUCACAAAAAAAAAUUAAAACCGCUACAGACUGCAAAAUGACCCCGUCAAGCAUAGAACUGACUGAAAAUGAGGAAGACGAGUCUACUGUCAACGCGAACAGUAUUGAUGCGGCGCGAUGUGAGCUGUGUAAUUGCGAUGUAAAAAUGUAAUUCGAUUAGUAGACAUUCGUAUCGUCGAGGCGGUGUUUAGUAAAACGUUCGAGAUGUUCUCGUUUGGGGAGACGUUUCUUCCGUUCGGGUUUGGCGCGUUUGCGGGCGGGGCUGCGUUGUGCGUUUUCGGCUUUUACGUCUGCAAGCGACUCUGCGGCGAGGGAGAUGUAUCGCUUAGAGAUUCGAGCACAAACCACACCUGGACACCCAUAAGGGUAACCGACAAGUCAUGGUACUGUUCUAUAUGUGAGUCCUUUCUCAUCCAUGGCGCCGGCGUCUAUUGUGAUUGUUGCGGGGUCUGCGCGGACCCGCAGUGCGUUAAAAGGGCGGAUCAAACUUUGAGGUGCAAAGUGGUAGCGAGCACCUGCCAAGUCCACCUUCAUCAUUGGGUGAAAGGCAACUUGCCCGGGGGGGCGGCGUGCGCCGCCUGCGGCGAUGACUGUUCCGCGGAACCCGGCCUCGUGGACUUCGAAUGUUGCUGGUGCCAGAGGACGGUCCAUGUCGAGUGCUUGAAAUCGAUUGGCGAGGAGUGCGAUUUCGGACGCUACCGGUCGAUGAUCGUGCCGCCGUUUGCCGUGCAGGUCGUCAGACGCAAAGGUCGCUUGAAAAAGCAGUUGCUACUUAAGGCGGUGACGGACCCGGGCUGGGACGGCUGGACGCCCCUGGUCGUCGUAGGCAACACGCGGUCCGGCAACAGCGAUGGCGCCGCCGUCCUUUCCGCUUUUCGGAAAUUUUUGAACCCCGUGCAGGUCGUCGACCUUACCGACCGGCAGGCGAUCGCCGCGCUGCAGUGGUGCGUCCUUUUGGCGCCCAAGGCGGUGAGGCUGGUGGUCGCGGGCGGCGACGGUACGAUAGCCCGCGUGUUAACGGCGUCGCACAAGCUCGACUUGGAACCGGAACCGUUGUUGGGUAUAAUACCGUUGGGUACCGGUAACGACCUGUCGCGGGUGCUGGGGUGGGGCAAAGAGAACCCGUCCGAGGUGGACGUGGCUCGAACCCUCGACGAUAUCGGCAACGCGCGCAUCUCCGAACUAGACAGAUGGCGCGUGGACGUAACGGCGACGAGACACCUGCCAAUCCCCCUGCAGAGCAAGGUUCACUAUCUCUACAAUUACCUGAGCGUCGGUGUAGACGCGCAGGUCGCGUUGAGUUUCCACAAGACGAGACAGAGCGCGUUUUACUUGUACGGCAGCAGGCUGUUUAACAAGCUGUUGUACUUGUGUUUCGGGACUCAGCAAGCGUUGACGGCCGAUUGCAAGAACCUCGAGCGCAGGCUCGAGUUGUACCUGGACGGCCGGAACGUCGCGCUUCCCGAACUGGAAUCGAUCGUCGUCCUCAACAUUGCGUCGUGGGCCGCCGGGGUCGAUCUUUGGGGUAUGGGCGACGGUGGAAACUCGCAGCAGUGUCACCGGGACGGCGUCCUCGAAGUGGUCGGCAUCUAUUCGUCGUUCCACAUCGCGCGACUCCAGAUGGGCGUGUCGGCGCCCGUCAAGCUAGGUCGGGCCCGCGAGGUCGAAAUCAGGCUGACCGCGGCGGCGCCUGUGCAAAUCGACGGCGAGCCCUGGGAGCAGCCGCCCGCCAUCUUGAAAAUCUCCUUCGUCAACAGGUGCCCCGUUUUGGUCAAUAAAUAAAGUUUCGUCGUUUGUUGUGUUUCGAUUCUCC